GUGCAUUAGCUUCAGUUCAUAGCCUCUUGACGACCCCUAAAGUCUCUGCCCAUGUACAUUGUCGUGAUGGUGCCCCGUAAUUCUAGCCAUUGAACAUGUCCCCAUGUCGCUGACAUCUGAAUCUAACCCACGGCGACAUCAUUGAUAAAGUCUCGGCAUGUUUGCUUUAUAUGUUGAAAAUUCUCUUCACCUGGCCCCAUCCCAUAUAGAUAUUCAUUUUCUAAGUGCCUACCCCCUCUACCUUCCAAUCCUAACCUUUUCCCCUUCCACCUCUUCCACCCUCUCUGAUCCUACUUUGCUCUCAUCCUCUAUGUCACCAUCAUAUUUCUUGAGGUUCUUACUUUGCGUCACACUCCUGAUUACACUUUGCCAGUGGCUUUAUGCCUCGGAGCUUAGGUUCUCGCAUCUCCUAAGCUGACUUCACUGCUAGUUCCUUCCCUUUUGUGAGUAUGUAUCCCCCAAAGCUCGGUUGUCAUUCGAGACCAACGUUCGAGCUGGGUUAUUUACUAUUACUUCAGCAGUAUUGAGUAGUCACCGUAAUCUGGUUAUCGCCGCUGUUGCUGCUAUGGAUCCUUUCGUAAACGGAUGCCAUGGCAGCGCUCCUGCCAUCCGGCGUGCAGCCGAAGAAAAACUGCACCACUUGAUGUCUGCUCCAUGGACUAACGGCGACAACUCCACGGGCGAUAUCGCCCGCGUUCGUCACCAGGUGGAAGUCCUCAAGACCCAGAACGCAUUUCACGCUGCAAACCUUCUAGAUGUUGCUCACCCCUGUGGCGUAUGCAAUGCCCCUACACCUCCCGAAUCGAAGGCAUGCCCAGUCUCCUUGGGCAAUACCCUCAUGCGCAAUCUUCGAGAGAAACAGGAGAAGAUCCAAGGUAUCAUGACGCAGGUCGACAACAAUAAUAUCCUGAUCAAUAAACUCGAAGAUCACCUUAAGACCUUUGACAAUAUCUACAAGUAUCUUAGAGUCGAGGUCCCUGGAGACUGGAUCAAGUACUUUUUCAAGAUCCAUACCGAUAGUGGUCUCAGUCUCGUCAUCCAGGACCGCGAGGGCGGUAAUGACAGCGAGCUUAACGAUGAGGUGAACCUAAAGUUCUUAGUCGAUAAAAAGAAGCUGAUGUUCAACCUCGUUGAUGCCGUGACUCUGCCGCCUAUUCCUACCCGUGUGCUCUCGCCCGUGUCUGCACUGCCAGAUCCCAACGCAGUCGCUACUCCCGCACAAGUCGCCCCUGUCUCGCAGAGAGCACCAGAGCAAGUCGAACAGACCCAGCUGAUCUCCUUUUCCAAACCCAAGCCUCCAGUCCUCGGGAUCUGGGACACGGAGGAAGAACGUGCGCGAGCCCUCCGCGAUCAAAUGGGCCCCUUCGCCCGCGCCACCAACUCAGACAACGUCCCGCAGAUGUUCACGCACGGAAUCCAGUACACGCCUCUACCAUCCCGGUAUCCCACCAACAUUCAAGACCUAUCCCGCAUGGUCGUUUUCACCGGCUUGCGUCCAGAGACAAAAUGGUUCGAUGUCCUAUCUCGCGUCCGCGGCGGUCCCAUUCUCCGCGUUGUCCGGGCCAACUCAAAAGCAAUGGUCGUAUACUUCGUACACUGCCGCGACGCAUACGCUUACGCAACGCACAUCGCCUCAGUCCACAACAGCACCCUGAACAUCGACAAUACUCCCGUCAACAUUCGCCUCGUGAACACCCCGUCAUACCCAGUCCCCGACUCCCUCAUGCGCGAGAUCACGCAGCGCGGUGCAUCGCGAUGUCUCGUGUUCCCGCAUUACGAGGGCGUAUUCGGCAGAUUGCUAGACCAUUUCUUCGAGCGCAGAAACAUCCGGGACUUCACAAUAACCAAAACAGACACGAACCCCCCAGACAAUACCAGCGCCGACGCAUCCACCCCUGCUCUCACCACCGCUACCACCAUCACCCCUACAUCUGCCGCAACUGCAUCCCAGCGCUCAGAGAUCAUUGAGGAAUGGGUCGAUGACGAGGAGCGCGCCAGACAGGUAGCCAACGAACAACAGAAGAGCAACAAGACGACCAUCUUCCACUUCCGCGACGUCGAGUUCGCGCGGAAUGUGUUCCGGGAGAGUAUCAGGGAGUUUCCUUACUGCGGGGUGAAAUACGCCAUUGACCACUGCGGGGGACCGCUAGAUGAGCUGGAGAGUACCGAGUAGCUGCCUUCUUGUUCGGCAGCUAACUAAGGAGGAGUACGAUGAACGCGGGCUUGGUUUGCGCUCUGCUAGGAUAUGCAUAGAUCUUGGGAGGACUCUACUAGGAUGAGACGGUACCGUCAUCGUCUUAUACUGCCCUGUGAUGCUGAGACGGGGAGGUAUAUAUAACCGAGUCCACUGAUCUGAUUUGCUGCAGAAGAACACGAAGGACUUGCUUGACGGCGUUACUGGCGGUUUUCGAGAGGAGGCCAGUUCACGAUGAUGCGACGAGAGGAGCCUCGCCUCCUGGGCCAUUUUCCCUACUUACUGCGUUGCGUUCUUAUAUCAGCCAUGUAAACUCGAUCUGGAGAUGAUUUCUCAUUUUUGAGCAACUGGCAUCUGAGAGAUUUCCUUCACGUUCACAUGUUAGAAUAGAAAAGGAAU